AUGGCCAAGCUCAUCGUGACUAUCUCCUUUCUGGCAGUCUGGCCGCUGCAGGGUUUUGCGGGGGUUCUGUAUCCGCUGGCACUAGAGCCUGGGAAAGAACGUGGAGAACACGACCAAAAACUCCAUGGUCGUUUUCUGCAUAUAACUGAUAUACAUCUUGAUACAUACUAUAAAUCGCAUUCGAAUCCAGACGACGACCAUGAAUGUCACAGGGGAUCUGGGAAUGCAGGCUACUUUGGAACUUCUGGCUCCAGCUGUGAUUCCCCACUGGCCCUUGUAGAUGCAACUUUUGCCUGGAUCCAAGAAAACCUUGCAGACUCCAUCGACUUUGUUGUUUGGACUGGUGAUUCGGCCCGUCACGACAAUGAUGAAAAGACCCCUCGUACGGAGAAAGAGGUUAUCAAUAUGAACCAGAUGCUCGCCGAUAAGUUUCAUGAUAUUUUCUCCAAAUCUAGUGGAAAGGAAAAUGGAAUGCGAAUUCCUGUCGUCCCUACGAUUGGAAACAAUGAUAUAAUGCCUCACAAUAUCUUCAAGAGCGGACCCAACCGUUGGACUAGGAAAUUGGGCAUGAUUUGGGAUCCUUUCAUUCCAGAGGAACAGCGCCAUACUUUCGUCGAGGGUGGCUGGUUCUAUGUGGAAGUUAUUCCCGAUAAACUGGCUGUGUUCAGUCUAAAUACGAUGUACUUCUACGACUCGAACAGCGCAGCUGACGGAUGUGAGGAUAAAAAUGAACCCGGAUAUAAACAUAUGGAGUGGCUGCGGGUCCAGCUUCAGUUCAUCAGGAAAAGGAACAUGAAAGCUAUUUUAAUCGGUCAUGUUCCCCCAGCUAGGACAGACUCCAAAGAGAACUGGGACGAGACGUGCUGGCAGAAAUACACGCUUUGGCUAUACCAAUACCGGGACAUCAUCGUUGGGAAUAUGUUUGGGCAUAUGAAUAUCGAUCAUUUCAUGUUCCAGGACUCCAAGGAACUUAAAUUCGGGUAUGACGGGGUCGAAUCUCACUACAAGCAGGGGAAACGGCAGGGUGCAGACGAAAAGGUAUCAGUACAAUCUCGCCUGGCUUAUUUAUCAAGCCUAAGGCGCGAUUGGUCGCAAUUGCCAUAUCCACCUGAGCCUUCACCAUCUUCAUUUGUAUUUGUUAACGAUAGCCACCACCACGAUGAUAUCCAUCUUUUGGAUUCUUCCUCAAGCCGCAAAAAAAAGAGGAUGGGAGAGUAUUUGAAAGAGAUUGGUGGCCCCUGGGCGGAGAGAUUCAGCGUAUCGCUCGUGUCACCCAGCAUAAUUCCAAACUAUUAUCCAGCGUUGCGCGUCAUCAAGUACAAUACAUCCAGUUUAGAGAACGUUUCGUUAUGGUCGGAAGUAUCAGGACAACAUAACAAACCAUCUUUUCGAACUUCGACUCUGUCUGAGGACUUGGAUUUUGAAGGUCAAAAUCUAUCCGCAAAAAAGAAGAAAGGAAAGAAGAAGAAAAAGAACAAGAAGCCAAUUUUUAAAGUUCCGCACCCACCGUCUUCCACCGCGCCUCCUGGGCCAGCAUAUUCGAACCAACCGUUCACUUUACUUUCGUAUACCCAAUACUUCUUUAAUUUAUCAGACAUCGAUACAAAAACGAUGGUAUCAACAGCGAAUCAUUACUCCAACAACCAAAACCCUCUCCACUGGACCAGCGGCCGUUGGGGAAAGCCCGACCGCUAUAAGCCAAGAUCCAUCUCCUUUGAAGUGCUUUAUGACACUAAAACGGACAAGUCAUAUAAGUUGAAGGAUUUGACCGUCAGGAGCUAUUUGGAUCUCGCCAGAAGGGUUGCGCAAAAGGAUUCGGAGGAGAAAGACCAACCACUGGUGCUUCCAAAUGCUGAUGCUAGAUGUCAACAGAAAGCCGAAACCUCUGAUGGGCCGACUGGACCGCCUUUGGACGAAGAGGAUGACAAGUUGGACCCUCUAUGCACGGAGAUAGAAUCACCACUGUCGGCAGUGACGAAGUCUCGUGAAAGUAUCUGGGCAGUGUUUGUACGACGGGCAUUUGUGGGUUAUUUCGAUAGUGACGUGAUGCAGUAA